GACGGACAAGAUGAGGUCUUUGUGCAGCAAAGAAAUCUGCUUUUGGCCAAUCAAAUAUCGUUUCUGGGGAGAAGCCACAAACCACAAGUUCGACGGAAAGGAAGACGCAUUCUAGCUGGCGCAGGGUGGCAACAGUAAAAUUCAGGUACAUGUCGCUUGGACGAGAGGGGAUUCUGGUCCGACAAGGUCGCUCAUUUUGGACUUGAGGUAGACAGGUCGUUCCCAGGUUGACUCGUUGGCUGCCAGAAAAGUGCCGGCAUUGACCUCUGCGGCGAACGUUGCAGACUUCCAUAUCAGUGAAUCUUUUGUCAAAGUAUCUUUUGCCAGCUUUGUGAAGAUUCACGCAGCAACCUUAGAGGACAUUCCUAAAGUAGGCUGGACCUGUAGGGUUGCGCUCUUUAUUUCUCAGAGCGAAACAUGGCUGCCGCUGCGCGCUUGGAGGCAGCGGUCGCUAGUCACUCCUUUGCAACAGCUUCGUUGCAGCAGGGCACUGCAGGGGCUUGUUCGCAGGAGGGGUCAUGGGCGGUGCUGAGGGGCAUCCCGUCCUGCAGUCAAAAGCAGCAGGUGUCAAGUCCUGCUGCAAGCAGGCUCUGUAACAGGAAACAGAUUCCGGUCGAGCUUGCGCGGAAACAGCUGGGAGGGUCAAGGAGGAUAGGGCGCCGGCGAGCGGUCAGCGUGGCAGCAGAAGCAAAUGUGCAGCAGGAGGUGGUGAGCAAUGUCGAGGAGGUCCCCCUCAAAUCUGACAUGGGCGUCAGCUAUGAGCUUCUGAGGGACAAGCUUGCGGCGGGGGAGUGGGAGGAAGCAGACAACGAGACCCGGCGGUUAAUGUGCGUACUCGCCGGCGAAGGGGCGGUGAAGCGGAAGUGGGUCUACUUCACGGAAGUGCAGUUCAUCCCGGAAACGGACAUAGACACGAUCGACAGGCUCUGGAAGGCGUACAGCAAUGGCCGGUUUGGGUUUAGCGUGCAGAGGAAGAUCUGGACGGCGGCCAAGCGGUCAUGGAAGGUCUUCUUUGAGAAGAUUGGAUGGACCGUCGGGGAGCGCAGGGAUUACAGGAAGUUUCCGCUGGACUUCCUGUGGAAGUUGGAUGCAGAGACACCAACGGGCCACCUCCCGCUUACCAACGCGUUGCGAGGGACGCAGCUGCUAGAGGCCGUUCUGAAACACCCUGCAUUUGACUUUGUCGAUGAGGAGAUGAAGCUGACUGGGGACUCACUAUCGGACUACACUUCGAGCUCUGUGCCAAGUCCAUCUCUACCAAGCAAACCCGCAGAAGAGAGAACGAAUGCCCCUCUACCUGAGGCAUACAUGGCAGAUUUCAACUUCUAGAGUCCAAUGAACCGAGUCCCAGAACUAAAUUUGCAGAUUUUGUAUGGAAGACAAUUUGCAGAGCAUUGGCCACACCUCGUAGUGGAUUGCCUUGUCCAAUUUGGAAUCAGGUUUGCAGGUUGGCUGAGGUGUGUAUGAUGAGUAAUAGCAAGCCGCGAUCCAAGCUGCUUCUGCUACUACCGACCUUUUGAACGUUAUAGUUACGCGUCCUUAUAACAUGCAACGCAAUCACCCUCGAUAUGUGUCCACUCGAAUGCAGAAGGUCCAUGCGUUCCCAG